UAACCCGAACUCUCGCCCUCACACACAGCCACAGGUUUCGUUGGCGUUCAGUUUUGAACAAGUAGCGGGGGUAAACAUUGCUGCUGAACGGACAACAUGAGUAUCCUUAGGAAAUUACGACUGCUCACCAACUAAAAUUGUUCAUGAAUCGAGAUAUGUCAUGGCCUCGAAAUCAGACCAGCUUCUUAUUGUCGUUUCCAUUCUUGAAGGUCGUCAGUUUCCCAAGAAACAGCAACAAAAUUUAGUCGUACAAGCAAAGUUUGAUGGGGAACAGCUAGAGACAGACCCUGUGGAGCAUAAAGAACAGCCACAGUUUUGUACAGAGCUGGCAUGGGAGCUCGAUCGCAGAACUCUUCACCAGCAUAGACUCCAGCGGACACCCAUCAAGUUACAGUGCUAUGCAAUUGAUUCAAAAAACUCUGUAAGAGAAUGUGUUGGAUAUAUUGUCUUGGAUCUCAGAUCAGUCCAGGAAGUUAAGCAGCCUCCUAAAUGGUAUUCUUUGCUAAGUAGUAAGUACACUAAACUGAAGCCAUCACUCUUGUUGAGCCUGGUCCUGGAGAAUGACACCAAACAGGCACCUGAUCAAUUUAAGGCAAAGAAAGCUCCACCAAGACCAGGGUCUCCAGUAAUGACGAAGCUUGAGUCAAUGAAACUAGAGGUGAUUCUAAAUGAAGAUGAAGGAUAUCAUCAAAUUGGACCACCAGAUAUUUGCAAAGACCUGUUUGUUCUGUCUGUAACUGUAGCCUUUGCAGCUAGACUGGAACAGCUAAUCUCCAGUUCAACAAAGCUGGUCAGUGAAGGCUCAGAGUUUUUCUUCUUCUACACUCUCCUGGGUAAUGAUGUCACCAGCGAACCCUUCCAAAACCUCAUCAGUCCAAACUUUGAGCCAGAACGAGCCUCAGUUCGUAUUCGCAGCAAUGACAGAGUCUUACGAGUUUUUUUCAGCCAGCAGCAGAACCUUCAGAUCCAUCUCUGCUGCGGAAAUCAGUCUUUAGGCAGCACAGAGGUCUCUCUUGCUGCACUCAUGAAGAAUAGUGUGGAUCUGGUCAAGCAGGUGGCCACUGUAGAGGGGGCCUUUGUCUUGAAACCACCAAAUCGCAUCCAGCAGAACCGUCGGUCUGUCCCAGUGGAUUUACAGCCAACAGUUGGGGUGGCAGUAACCUUGAGAAGAGAGGAGGCCGAUGCUGAGCUGUUAGAGCUGCCUAUUAAGGGUGGAGAUGGGCUUAAGACUCCAGUGAAAAAAAGCCCAGGAGUGCAUUUCUUUCCGGAGCCAACUCCAUCUGAGCCAAGACAAUGUAGCCCAUCUCCUGUCCUGUCCCAGAAGUCUCUAUCACCCUCCCCGGAACAUCAGCAUUCAGAGAGUGAGGCUGAGAGCCUGCCUGAUGAUGCAAGGGAAGCUCAUCCAGAACAAUCGGGUGAGACUGUGGGCAGACUUGACAAUUUGCCGGUGCCUCCAUUGGCUGCAUCUGAAACUGUGUUACCUGAGAGUGAACCAGAAAUUCCAGGAUCUUCCAUUACUGUGUCUGCUCCAAAGAUUGCCAUUCCAGCCUCAGCACAUCAUUACUGCUUCUCCAUCGAUCUGCGCAGCAUCAGAGAUCUUAAUGUGAGCUUUCCUGUGAACUGCACACUGAGGUAUGCCUACCAGUUCUUUGGGAGUGCAGCCCCAAUAAUGACAAAUCCUGCAGUGGAGAUUAAGAAGAGCACAGAAGUAUUCCUGCCUCAAUCCUACUGUGCCUUUGAUUUUGCUGCACUGCCCAGUCAAUUACAGGAUACAUUCUUGAGGGUUCCCCUGGUGGUAGAAAUGUGGCAUCGAGACCCUACUGCCAGAGAUGUCCUACUUGGCAUUGCCAGCAUUCAGCUUUCCCACCUGCUCACUUCAGAGAAGACCCGCUUCCUUGGCCAGUCUGGCCAGCAGCACUGGAGACAGACUUACUCUGAGAGGAUAGCCGUCAUCAAAACAACAGGAUCAAAUGAAAAGGUGGCUGAACUUAGCUGUGUGACAGUUCUGGAGGAUAUGGGUUUAGUGAAAGCAAAGGACGUCCUCUUAUCUGAAUCUUCCCAGAGUGCUAAUCAGGUGCACCAGAAGCCAGCAGCUCCUGCUAGGCCUUACAGUGAGGGUGAGGUAGGGACUAAGCCUCGGGAGACUCUGGAGUACAAGGCAGCACUGGAGCUUGAGAUGUGGAAGGAGAUGCAAGAAGAUCUAUUUGAAAACCAGCUGAAGCAGAAAGAACUAAGCCAUAUGCAGGCCCUGGCAGAGGAGUGGAGGAAAAGAGAUCGGGAACGAGAGGCACUCGUCAAAAAGAAGGAGAUGGAGUAUAAUCUGUUGGAAGAGCAGCUCCAGAAGGCUCUAGCUGAUCUAGAAAAAAGAGAAAAGACUCUAGCUCAUGCAGAGUUGGAGACACAGAGGCUGCAGCGGGAAAUGCACGUGGAACAUGAGUUCAGCAUGCGGGAACUGCAAGACAGCACCAGGCGGUUACGUGAAGACUGUGCUCACCAGGUGGAUCUGGAGAGGUCAAAGGUCAGGCAGCUUGAAGAGGACCUUGCAAGGCGUCAACAGCAGGUAAUAGAUGCUGAAAAGAAGUACAAACUCCUGGAAAAAGAAUUUCAACAUUAUCGUGACCAGCAGAACACUCGGCCUGAAAUCCAUUUACAGUCUGAGAUUAAUCUGCUCCGAUUAGAGAAGGCUGAACUGGAGCGGAAAUUAGAAUCAACAAUAAAAUCUAAACUGCAUUACAAGCAGCAGUGGGGGCGUGCUCUAAAAGAACUUGCGAGAUUUAAACAGAGAGAACAGGAGAAUGCCAUGACACGGCUGAAGAAGCAGCAGCAAGAACUGGAGCACAUGAGGCUACGGUAUCUGGCAGCUGAAGAGAAGGAAGCUGUCAAGAAUGAGAAACAUGAGCUCCAGGACAUCCGCAAUGAGCUGAAUAGGCUAAAGCAGCAGGAUGAGAAGAGAACAUGGAAGGAGCCAACAAGCAUGUCUCUGAAUGAGAGUGCUGAUGAGCACCUGAGUCGCCUGUUGGAGGAGAGAGACACACUGCUUCGUACAGGUGUGUACACACACGAGGACCGUAUCAUUGCUGAACUCAAUAGGCAGAUUCAAGAGGCCAUGGCCAACAGAGUUCCAAACUGAAUUACCAUUUGGAACUGUUUCCCAAUAAAGCAAAAUGUUGUGCCCCAUAUGCACACUAAAUUAUGCAACUGCUGAGUGUAGAGAAAAAUGCCACAUUCCAAAGGAUAAUGCAUCCAAAAAUUUUUUACUUUUUUUGUUUUAGUCAUUCUAAUUAAUUGGGAAUUAUUAAUGGCUCACCAUCCACAACAUUUGUGUGUGUAUGUGUGUGUGUGUGUGUGUGUGUGUGUUUGUGUUUUGGCCAUGGGUUUUCUUAAUUGAUGAUUUCUUUGGUUUUGGUGAAUGAGGGAUUUCACCAGGUGGCACUAUCUCUCAAGAAAUGGUUGCAAAAAAUAUUAUACACAUUCUUUAAAUAUUCCUGAAUUUCUUUGAAGUUGUGUAUGUGUCUAUUUAUUGUGUGAUUUGACUCAAAGUCAAUAUAUGUAUACAAGGUAUGUGUUGUUACUUUUGCUUUUAUAUUUGCAUCUGUCUUUGUCUAAUAAAUUAUUUCUAAUGUGUUAA